AUGACUUACUCUCGCGGCCCUCGACGGGCGCGAUCGCAAUGGCCUCCAGCACCAUGCGUCGAGGAAGAACCCCAGUCUCUCUCGAAGGAGCUAAACGGUCUCUCCAAGCUUGGAGAUAAGCCUGGGGUUGACGGCGUUCAUACAAGAGGGGCUGUCGAUCAGUAUCCAAUCAUAGUCUCCGCCAACUCGCCCCUUCCAUCUUCUGCCUCCCCGGACAGUGUUCCCAGUGUACCUGGGCUCGGUAGUGUCUCUUCCGAUGAAAGUGCAGGGCCAACGACACCGCCUGCUCAAGAGCCCAUCUUUCGGAAUACCGUCAGAUUUGAUAUUGAUGAUCGGCCGAAACGUGCACCGCCGUCAACCGCAAGUCAACCACGCGGCCCGCCAUCUCGGCCUUCGGCCCAGCAACAGCCCACCCGCGAGCUUAAUACACAGCUGGAAUCCCAACCACCCUCUCAUGGUCGGGUUGGCAAUGCUAGCAGACGCGGUCCGCCAAUGCAAACAUCUCAUGGCUCCCGUGGACCAAGUGCGCCGGAUCGCAGUAAUGCUCAAGCUCCUGCACACCACAAGCUCCAUCCACAAUCAUCCAAGCCUUCCAUCGGCCGAUCCAACAGUGCAAGAUAUGCGCCCUCAGCAGCACGGCCAAUGCCAGAACGCUUUCGACGGGAGCCUAGCUCGGGAUAUUCGUCAGAUUCGACGACCACGCUCAACAGACCACCCCCGCAACAACCCCAGGCGCCUGUCCCCACUGUUCCUGUAUCGACUCUGGCAAAUGGGCCCACCCUCGCAGAACGCAUUGAUGAGAAACUUCGCCAGCGACAAGAACUGCGGGAUUCGGGGACUAUGUCAGACCCGGAGGUGCGGCAAAGUCCCCCAACUGUGAAGCCUGCUAAGCCAGUUCCUCUCGAUGCUUCUCUGGCCCCUCCGCCUCCUGCUCCUGCUUCAGCAUCGCACUCACCUUCGCGUGGGUCUCAGCGUGUCCCGACACAGCAAACACAACAGGAAGGGCCCCCGGCCUCACGUGCCCGCGCGACAUCAGUGACAAUGCCGCCUACCCAGUCAAUGUACGGAUCUCGCCAUCCCUCAGGACCAGCACCCGAGAUAUUCAAGCCUACAUCAACCCAGGUCGCAACCCAAGUCAAUCCGGACAGGUCGCUGGCUCGUCCCGCAACGACUCGACCCCCUGGCACAUCACCACAGCGCCCCGGCUCAGUAGGUCUGGGACUCUCUCCAUGUCCUCGAACCAUCGCCGUAGCAGGCUACCAAGACUGGUACACGCUUAAAGGUCUCACCCACCUGGACAUCUGCCCGUCCUGCAUGAGCCAAAUUGCGCACUCCCGCUACCGGGACUACUUCAUUCCCAGUCUCUCAAAGCCAGCCGGACAAAAGACACGAUGUGCCUUCGCCAACGCAUGGACCCGUCUCGCCUGGGCCCAGAUGAUCAAAAAGCAACACGAUAGCCUGGAGCUCCUGUACCAAAUGACCCGUCCACCACCCGGCACACGCGCGUGUCCCGGCCGCAUCGUCGCCGAACAAUCCUGGUACCGCAUCUACGACCCAGAAACCGGCGGCGACCUAGCCGGCUUCAACGUCUGCAACAGCUGCGCGCGUAACAUCCGUAUCCUAAUGCCCAGUCACCGCGACACCUUCCAGCCAAACCCAGACCCCGCCGAGCGUGUGUGCGACUUCGUGACCUCCAGUCCCCGAUUCGUAAAAUUCAUCGAUCUCCUCGAUGCAUCAGCUUCGCGCGCUGAAUCGGACUCUUCACGCACCCGUCGCCCGGACACGCGCGAGUUCCUUAACUACGCACGGCGCAAGGUCGUGCUGCGUGAUUGUCGUCGCGACAGACCUGCUCUUAGUACAUGGCACUUUAUCCCAUCGCUGCCGGAGAUGUGUGUGUGCGAAGAUUGUUAUGAUGAAGUUGUUUGGCCGCUGGCUAGAUCGAAUCAUCCUAUUGCGUGCAUGGUCACGACGAAGAUGCGGAUCUUGCCUGGUGAUGGGCCUGGUCGGACUCGGGAGGCGAGUUGUCAACUAUACUCGCCGCGUAUGCGGGCGAAGUUCCGGGAGGCGGUUCUUAGAGAUGAUUUUGGGUUGUUGAAGUCUGUUGCGCAGAGGAGGGUUGAGGCCGAGAGGCGGUUCCUUGAUCGGAGGGAGGAGCUGGUGGUUGCUCAGUCGAAGGGGUAUGAUUGUGAUGAGGAGAUGAGGAAGGCUGUUGAUGAGUGGAGGAGGUGGGAAUGA